AUGGAGGCGGUCAUCACCAUCGACGUGCUCCGGCGCGCGGGGGCCGAUGUCGCCGUCGCCUCCGUCGAGCCGGGGGCCGCGACCGUCGCCGCCUCGUGGGGCGUCAAGCUCGCCGCCGACGCGCUCCUCGCCGACCUUGCUGACGACGAGUUCGACCUCAUCUCUCUCCCGGGAGGGAUGCCUGGGUCUUCCACUUUUAGAGACUGCAAAGUUUUGGAGAAUAUGGUCAAAAAACAUGUAGAGAAGGGCAAGCUUUAUGCUGCAAUUUGUGCUGCACCAGCGAUGGCUCUAGGAACUUGGGGUUUGCUCAAUGGCUUAAAGGCAACAUGUUAUCCUUCGUUCAUGGAUAAACUUCCUUCAGAAGUGCAUGCUGUGGAAUCAAGAGUGCAGAUUGAUGGGAAGUGUGUGACCAGUCGUGGACCAGGAACAGCCAUGGAGUAUUCUGUUAUUUUGGUUGAGCAACUAUAUGGAAAGGAAAAGGCUACAGAAGUUGCUGGGCCAAUGGUUAUGCGUCCUCAGCAUGGUGCAGAAUUCUCUAUGAAGGAGCUGAAUUCAACUAGUUGGAAUGUUGGUGAGAUGCCUAAUAUUCUUGUACCAAUUGCUAAUGGGACAGAGGAGAUGGAAGCAACUAUGAUAAUUGACAUUUUGCGAAGGGCGAAAGCAAAUGUUGUGGUUGCCUCCUUGGAAGACAAGCUGGAGAUUGUUGCAUCCCGGAAGGUGAAGAUGAUUGCUGAUGUGCUGUUGGAUGAUGCUCUUAAGGAGCAAUAUGAUCUCAUUCUGUUACCUGGAGGUCUAGGUGGUGCGGAAGCAUAUGCAAAAUCUGAUAAACUAAUGGAUCUUAUCAAGAAGCAAGCUGAAGCAAAUAGAUUGUACGGAGCUAUAUGUGCCUCCCCUGCGAUUGCUCUUGAACCACAUGGCCUGCUAAAGGGAAAGAAAGGUACAUCCUAUCCUGCUAUGUGGAACAAACUUGCAGACCAAAGCGAAUGCAACAACAGAGUUGUUGUUGAUGGUAACCUAAUCACCAGCCAAGGUCCUGGGACUUCUAUGGAAUUCUCGCUUGCCGUAGUGGAGAAACUCUUUGGACGGGAGAGAGCCCUUGAGCUCGCCAAAGCCAUGGUUUUUGUAUGA